AUGCUCAUGCGUCUCAUGCUGAGACCAGCAGCUGUUGUCGCCAGGUCAUACCGGCGGAGCCUCGUGGGGACGCGCAACCUCGUCUCAUCCCCUGCAACCGACAGCAGCCUGGCGUCGUCCAUCGCCGACCGUGUUGCUGCAGCCGUCACACCCGAGCUCAUAGCAGCGUUUAGAAAGGACGGAGCCGUCUGCAUCAGGGGCCUCUUCUCGUCCACUGAACUCGAUACACUCAAACGUGGUAUCGACGACAACCUCGCCUCCCCCAGCCCCCGAUCCAAGGUGGCCAGUCGUCCAGAAGACCCUGGCUGGUUCUUUGAAGACUUUUGCAACUGGCAAGACAACGCUGCGUAUCGUGGUUUUAUUGCCCAAUCGCCGGCACCCUCCGCAGCGGCUGCUUUGAUGGGCAGCAAUCAGGUCCGCCUGUACCACGACCACCUCCUUAUCAAGGAGCCUGGAACCGUUCAGCGCACGCUGUUUCAUCAAGACCUUCCGUACUAUAACAUUGAGGGGAAGCAGAAUGUCAGCUUCUGGAUCCCCAUCGACCCCGUGCCGCUGGAACAGACGUUGGAGUUUGUCGCUGGCUCCCACCUGGGACCGUGGUUUAUGCCCCGGUCCUUUAUGGACAAGCAGGCCAAGUGGUUCCCGGAAGGCAGUCUGGCCGACUUGCCUGACAUCGACUCGAACAGGGACGCAUUCCCUAUCCGCCGGUGGGCAAUGGAGCCUGGAGACUUUGUCUGUUUCCACAUGUUGACGCUCCAUGCCGCCAAUGGAGCGAAAACAAGACGACGGGCAUUCUCAGUGCGGUUCAUGGGCGAUGAUAUGCGCCACGCCCCGCGGCCAUGGAAGACGAGUCCUGAUUUCCCCGGUCUGGUCGACGAGCUCGCGGCAGGAGCCGAGAUGGACCACCCACUGUUCCCUGUCGUGUGGUCACAAGAACAUGGGCAGACAUGGGCAUAG